UUUUUUAAAACUACAAGAAUAAAGAAAAACUUCACUCCUUUAUAAAAGCAAGACAAAGGUGUGUCUUUGUGGAAUCACCAUUAACACCAACGUAAGAGAAACAAGAAGAAAAAAAGAAAAACCAUUGACAACAUACAUACAUACCCAUCUAAUAAAUCAGAAUAAACUUCCACUGAUCAGAAUAAGCAUUGAAUUCUAAAUUCCAAAACCAACAUGGCAAGCAAUUACUUCGCAAAAAGAAACCACCAGCACCACUUUCUUUCAGUUUCAACUGACAGAGACUCUUCCUUAUCGUUAACAAUGGAUUCAGAUUCAGUGUUUGAAUUCCAUGAAUCAGACAUUUACAAUUCCAAUCAUGAUGACUCGGCGGAGUUUGGCAAAUCUCUCCAUGGCUCUCGCUCGGUCAAGAAACAGUCUUCGUCGAAGACAAAGGACGCUGGAGGAACUCCAGCGUCCGUGCCAGUAAACAUCCCCGAUUGGUCGAAGAUUCUCGGGGAUGAAUAUGCAAAUAGUUACAUGAAGAGAUAUGGCAUGGAAGAGGAGAGAGAGGAUGAAGAUGAAAGUGGGUGGUUACCACCGCAUGAGUUUUUGGCGAGGAAGAGAGUGGCUUCUUUGUCAGUACAGGAGGGUGUUGGAAGGACUCUUAAGGGAAGAGAUCUUAGUAGGCUUAGAAAUGCUAUUUGGGCAAAAACUGGGUUCCAAUAAUUUCACUGUUUUUUGUUUGUUUCGUUUUGUUCUACUGUAUUGCAGGUGUAUUUUUGUUUUGUUUUGAUACAUGUGUGUGUAUGAGAUUAUUAUAUACGAGGUUUCAGUUAUUAAUUCGAAACCCGGUGUUUCUAAUGUACACAAGGAUUUCUUCAACAUUAUUGUGAGUAUUUUUGUUUUGGAAGAAAGUUAUUAGAUCA